CUUCGAAAUUGUAGACACUCGCCAAUUUCAAUUUGUUUCUCUUUUAUUUUUAUGUCACCAUUAAUCAUAUUCAUCAAAGGUAAAACUGAACAGUUUUUUUCGCAUUAAAAAUGUUGUUGAAGCUCUCAACAGCUACUAAUCGAAUAAGAAGCCAGGCAAGACAUUUUGUAACAGGUCUAUCGAAAAAUACUUCAAAGUCGUCUAACAACAAUGAAUCCGAGCGAAUGAAAAGGUUUCAUGAACAACUUGCUCUAGAAAAAGCGCCGCGUCUUAAACCAGGAAUGCGGUUUGUUGAUCUUGUAUUAGUUGAAACUGAUCCGAAAAAUGGAGAAAUCAUUUCAAACAGCGAAAAAAAUCCAACAAAGUGGGGAGAUUGGCAACACGGUGGGCGAGUUACCGACUUCUAAGUUAAAAGCUCAAAUGAACAGGUCUGUUGGAACAUAUAACGAAUAACGACAAUUUAUAUGGAUGAUAAAAAUGUAUUUGCAAAGUAUUAAAGAAAAGUAUCUACAUAAUCCAUAACUUAGAUACUAUUUUUUUAAUUAUGUAUAGAACUAACAGCAGCACCCCUUCGAUUGCCUAUAGGUUCUUUUUUUUUUUGUUUUUGACAAUAAAAAUUGAAUUCGUUUAGUUAUCAACGCAUGGAUAAACCCUGAGAUGUAUAUGCAAUACUACUAUU